UCUGGUGUCUCUCUUCCGCCAACUGAAGUUGGGGCCGCAUGUGCAGCCAUGGCCAGCGAUGCUGGGGUUAGGGGUCAUCGUGCCCCCAGCCCCAUGCUCCUCUUGAGUCUACUUCUGUCUGCAGCCCCAUUUGGCCUGCUGGGGGAGGAAACCCGCCAGGUGUCUCUGGAGGUCAUCCCUGGCUGGCUGGGUAACCCCCAGAACCUGCUUCAUAUCCGGGCAGUAGGCACCAAUUCCACACUGCACUAUGUGUGGAGCAGCCUGGGGCCUCCAGCAGUGGUGCUGGUGGCCACCAACACUCCCCACAGCACCCUGAGUGUCAACUGGAGCCGCCUGCUAUCCCCUGAGCCUGAUGGAGGCCUGAUGGUGCUCCCCAAGGACAGCAUCCAGUUUUCUUCUGCCCUUGUCUUUACCAGGCUGCUUGAGUUUGAUGGCACCAACGUGUCCAAUAUGGCACCAGAGCCCCCAGGAAAACCGUAUCCUCCGUACUCCUUGGCCGAGUUCUUCUGGAACAACAUCACUGACUCAUUGGAUCCUGCCACCCUGAGUGCCACAUUUCAAGGUCGCCCCACGCACGACCCUACCAGGGCUUUUGCCAACGGCAGCCUGGCCUUCAGGGUCCAGGCCUUUUCCAGAUCCGGCCGACCAGCCCAACCCCCUCGCCUCCUGCACACGGCAGAUACCUGCCAGCUAGAGGUGGCCCUGGUUGGGGCCUCUCCCCAGGGAAACUGCUCCUUGUUUGGGCUAGAGGUAGCCACCUUGGGCCAGGGCCCUGAUUGCCCCUCAAUACAGGAGCAGCACUCUAUUGACGAUGAAUAUGCACCUGCUAUCUUCCAGUUGGAUCAGCUGCUCUGGGGCUCCCUCCCACCAGGCUUCGUGCAGUGGCGACCAGUGGCUUACUCCCAGAAGCAAGGGAGCCGAGAAUCAGCCCUUCCCUGCCAUGCUUCCCCUCUUCACCCCACCUUGGCAUACCCUCUCCCCCAGUCACCCAUUGUCCGAGCCUUCUUUGGGCCCCAGAACAACUUCUGUGCCUUCAAUCUGACAUUCGGGGCUUCCACAGGCCCUGGCUACUGGGACCAACACUACCUCAGCUGGUCGAUGCUCGUGGGUGUGGGCCCCCCUCCAAUGGAUGCCUUGUCCCCACUAGUCCUGGGCAUCAUGGCGGUGGCCCUGGGUGCCCCAGGACUCAUACUACUGGGAGGAGGCCUGGUUCUGCUUCUGCGCCACAAGCAGUCUUCAGAGUACCAGUCCAUCAACUGAGGCCCACUCUCUGGACGUAAGGACAUUACUGGACCUGCCUUGCUGUGACUGAGACCUCUGGAGGUUGGAGGGUUAGUGUUCCAGCCAGCCCCUCCCCUCUCCCAUCUUGCUUUUCUUAGACCCUCAUGGACCAGCCUCAACUUCCUGGGGACCCCCAGGUGGGGCUUCCUUCAUACCUUGGGGAGGGGCCCGUGACGGGGUUAUUGCUAAAGGAAGGAAAGAAGGGUCCCUUGGUGUUUCUUUCCUGUAUACCCAACACCCCUGUUUCCUUUGGAUGGGAUUCAAGGCCUCAAGGAGAGGUCUUCUGACUGGGUGGCUGGCUGCCCUGGAGGGCAUGAAAUAGACUUAUUUUUUUCACAGGG